AUGAAGGGCUCUUGUUUAACAGUUGAGUGAUUUUGUUCCAUUAUAGAUUGAUGAUUCUUCUAGUGGAUGUCAUUUCCACUCUGACAUUUGCUUAAUGAUUCCGGCAGUGGUUGCAGUUAACAGCAUGGGUGUUUUCAGAGGAUAUCAAAAUUUUAUAUUAUAUUAACCACUUACCAGAUUUCAUCACAAUAAUACUUUAAAAAUUACAUUAAUAAAUUUAAAAUUUGAAUAAUAAAUAGUUAUUGAUUUGAGAUAUUUCUGAUUUGAAAAAAAUUAAAAUAAUUUUAAAUUAACACAUGAAAUAUAAAAAGUAAAAUAUUCGACAAAAGAUGAACAUCCUCUGUUUACACCCUCUUAUUAAUUUAUUUAUUACAGUAAUAUUUUUUAGAGAACACAAAUGUGCAGAGCCCCCGUGCCAGAGUGAUAUCUAUUGCAAAGGAGAACUGCUUCAUACAAUUCAAAUGGCCAAAAUUUAUCCAGAUUCUAAAACAUUUGUAGAUAAGAAAUUGAAGGUUUCAGUUAAACAAGUUUUAGAAAAUUAUAAUGAGACAUUCAAACAAUUUAAUAAAUUCAACAAAGUUCCAAGGGAACUUGUAAAACAAUUUGUCAAUGAUAAUUUUGAAGAUGGUGAUGAAUUGAAGGUCUGGCACCCAUCUGAUUGGACUCAAUACCCGAAUAUUCUCAAGAAGAUUGAUGAUCAACACUUAAGGAAAUGGGCAAAUAAAUUAAAUAAUUUAUGGAAAACUUUCAGUCGUAAAGUCACUGACAAUGUCAAGGAAAAUCCAGAACUGUAUUCUAUUAUUCAUGUGCCAAAUGGAUUUAUAAUUCCUGGUGGAAGAUUUAAAGAACUAUACUAUUGGGAUACAUACUGGAUAGUAAAUGGUCUUCUUAUCUGUGAUAUGGUACAAACAGCAAAAGGCGUGAUAGAAAAUUUACUUUAUCUAGUGAAAAUUUUUGGACAUGUUCCUAAUGGUAGCAGAGUUUAUUAUUUGCAAAGAUCCCAACCUCCGAUGUUAACAUUAAUGGUGGAAUCUUAUUUCUUGCACACAGGAGAUUUCAAUUUUAUCAAAAACAAUAUAGAAGUGUUAGAUAAAGAAAUCAACUAUUGGCUUGACAAAAGGUCUAUUAACAUCGUGAAAAAUGGAGUAACUUAUACUUUAUAUAGAUACUUUGCACCAUCUUCUGGCCCUCGUCCAGAAUCUUACAGUGAGGACUUUGAAACAACAGCCCUGUGUUCCAAUGAAACUGAAAGAUUUAUUCGUUAUAUUGCAAUAAAGUCUGCUGCUGAAUCAGGCUGGGAUUUCUCUUCAAGGUGGUUUGUAAAGCAAGGUUCAAAUGAAGGUAAUUUAACUGAUACUAUGACGCAGAAUAUAAUACCUGUUGAUUUGAAUGCAUUGUUGCAUAGAAACUUUGUUAUUUUGUUGGAAUGGUAUAAAAUAUUAGGAGACAAUGAAAAGAUUCAAAAAUAUACAAGACUUUCAGAGUCAACUUUAAAGGCAAUCGAAGAAAUUCUGUGGAACAAAGAAGAGGAGUUUUGGUUUGAUUAUGAUAUAGUUCAUCAGCAAUCUAGAAACUAUUUCUACUUAUCUAAUUUUGUUCCAUUAUGGACAAAAUCUUACAGGCUUUUACCAAUGGAAUUAACCAGGAUAGUUUUAAACUAUAUCACGAAACACAAUUUGCAACAUUACCCUGGUGGGACUCCUUCCUCACUAAAGUACACUGGAGAACAAUGGGAUUUUCCUAAUGCUUGGCCACCACUUCAAGCAUUUUUUAUACAGGGACUUGAUAGGAUCGGCUCAGUCCCAGCAUCAGAGGCAGCUUUUUUCUUUGCUAAUCGAUUUGUUCAAUCAAGUUACAAAGGAUUUAAAGAUACAGGUUUCAUGUUUGAAAAGUAUGAUUCUCUUGAAGCUGGAAAGACAGGUGGUGGUGGAGAAUAUGAUGGACAAACAGGCUUUGGGUGGACUAAUGGUCUCAUUUUUGAAUUUUUUAAAAGGUGGGGCUCUAGGCUUCGUGUUUUUAUGUAACAUAGAUAUAUUUUUAUUUAUUUAUUACUGAAAACAUUUAUUUCUGAACAGUAUAACUGGAAUUAUCUGUGAUUGAACAGUAUUUUUAAACUAUUUAAUUUAGUCAUUUUAUUUAUUUCAUUAUAUAUAUAUUGAAAGAAAAACAACAAACUAUGCAAAAAUUGUUUUUGUUUAUUCUAUACCCUUAACCUAUACAAAAUUUAACAUAGUACUAA